GCUGGAAUUUCACAAACACAUUCUUGUUGACUUCGGUAGAGAAUAUUUUUGUUUUAGUUUAAAAUUAAUUAAGUAAGUAGAGAAAAUGCUGUUGAAAACAGUGGAUAUAAGUGGAGAACUCUGUGUGUUCACCUGCUUUGAAGAGGGACACAACGAACUGCUCACAUUUUACCUCCACAAACCGGGAAAGAAUUUAAGUUUCUCAGAGACUGUGACAAAGGACGAGUUCCAGGAGCGUUUGAAGAUGAGCAACCCACGCGUGAAGUUCCCCGAGGAUGCAGUACGUCUGGCUCUGCUUACCGCGGAUCUCUUGCAAGUGGACGCCUCUGCAGGUCAGAUGAGUGGCCUGCUCUUGAAGUACUCCAUGCCCAACACCACGGUUCCUCUUAAAUGGCUUUGGAAACUGAAUCCAAUGAAUGGUUUUUCGUUCUAUCGCAAAAUCUGCAUGAAUUCGAUGGCCACGGCCGCAGGACUUCGGGAUCAGAUUUCCGUUUUGAUAGAGCUUCUGAAAGCCAAGGACAAGGAGCUCCAACAGUAUCGAAAGGAUGGACACAAGCUGUGGAGGGUGACUGCGGUUACCAAGCCAUUUGAUGUCGAGGCUUUCAAUGCAGAGCACCAGAAACUGCUGGACCAUGCUGCUGCCUAUCAGCAAGUAAAGGAGGCAUUUGCAGACGAACCUCCCUCGUGCAGGUCACCUGCGCUUUCCUCGCCCGCCUUGCAGGAUGUAAAGCCCAAGACCCCGUCUACUGGUUCUACAAAUUCGGCGGAAUCAACAACGCCAGGCUCUAAGGUUCCCUUAUACUAUGCAGCUGCAUCGCCAAAAGCAUUGUCUCCACGCAAUAGAAAGCGCAAGGCCCUUGAAGCCAAUACAUACCAUUUGGAGCGCAAGGUAAUGGAGCGCCGUUCUAAACCGCAAAUCAAGUACAAAAGCUCCCAGAGUUCCGAAGAGACAGACGCGAAUAAUUGGUUUACUGAGUUAAAGCCACACAUUAAAAUGGAAACUGUACAAGAUGCCGAAGAGCCAUCCACAUCGGCUACGAUUGCCCAAUCUUCGCUGGCGAAACUAACCAAAGUUAAUGCUACUGUGGGUAUAGCUGACAUUAAAACUGAACCCGUGUCUAAGGAAAGUGAAACACCUGAUACUGAGGAAACCGAGAAAACUAAAACAUCAGCAGAGACUGUGGAGUUCAUCUUGCGGCAGAUUGAAACUGUUCAAGAAGUAUAUGAUACUCCCAAACCAUUUAUUGAAGAAGGCAAGGGCCUUGAUUCCCCAAAAGUAUCCAUUCAAGAACCAGAAGUUCUUGGUUCUCCUGCAGCAAACGUGGACACCGAAGUGGACAAUGGGCCAACGAAGCCGCUCAGUGAGCUGGAGGAGCUAAAGGCCAUACUACAACGCACGGCAGCGCACACCAAGAACAUGAUUAUCAAGCACGGAGUCAGCAAAAAAGAGUAGUAAGGAAAUACUCCCUCUCUAAAUGGUGUUUCAUAUAAAAUUUAAGGUCCAGUCCAUAGGUUUUUUUUCUUGAUUGAUAAAAUCAGACACUAUAAAUCCCCAGUGAUAAAAGGAUAUAAAAUAUUGUAUGUAUUAUAAGAAAAUUUCUAGAUUAACUAGAAUACGUAGUGCCUCGUUAAGUUAGGUCUUGAAGGAUUGCAAAAGGGCCAUUUAAUUAUUUACUUAACUAUAUAUUAUUAUCUCGUACCAAAGAUAUCUACUUGUACUUGUUUUAUGGCGGAAAAAUCCCAUUUUACAUAUCAUACGAUUAGUCACUAUUUUAUUUGGGAGGGCCAGUCUGAAAUUCAUGGUUUAUUUUACUUUGUUCAUAUGUUUUAUGACAGUGACUAAUAAAUUGUAUUGAAAAAAAUCAA